CCUGAGCACUCCGAACUGUCCCUCCUUCUCGUGAACCGUCCCUCUGGCUCAUCUGUUGCCUUAACGGGCAACGACAGCGAUCCUCCACAGCCACUCUCAUCUACCGACAAUCUCGUGUGCGGCAGGUUCACCGCUGUCGGCAAUGGAGGAUGAGUUCAACCGCGCCAAACAGCGGCUGGAGAAGAGGCAGCAAACAGACCGACAACGUGCCCGUCGGGAGCACCAGCACGCCGUGGAGGCUCAGGUAAGCCGCCCAGCAACAGAUCUAAUGUGUUUGUUUGUUUGUGUGUGUGCGUGUGUUGAUUGAUCUCUCUCUCUCUGUGUAUGUCGUGUGGUGGGACCUCGGUUCUCCCAGCAGCAGGCAGCUCACCGAUAUGACUCGUCCAUCGAGGCAGCUCGCGCCCGACGUGCAGCGGAGAUCGCAUCCCGCCCUCCCCCGCCGCCAUCGUCAGCAGCUCAUGCGUCAGGAGGGCGGCCGGGAUUGCCGUCUGACGCCGACGAAGUCAGGUACGAGACGACUCUCGUGGCUGUAGAAGGAGAUCUGGAGGGAGAGAGGGAGGGCGGUGUGCCGAGUGGCCCUGGCACGUUGCAGCGACUGCAGUCAAGGAUGGAGAGCGCUGACAGGAUCAUACUCGUGAGUGAUUGACACACACACACACACACACACACACAGAGAGAGAGAGAGAGAGAGAUCGCAUAGACACACACGAGAUCUGUCUGUCUGUCUGUCUGUCUGUCCAUGUGUGUGACCGACCUGCAGCCGUCGAGUGUGCUGUCCUCCCUCGACUCGUCUCCCUUCCGCGACCGUCUGGAGUUCCCACUCCUCUUCAAACUCACAGCCGUGGCCACCGGCAGACACACACACGCCGGAGUGCUCGAAUUCUCAGCAGCUGAGGUCACACAGACACACAGACACAGACACAGCCAGACAGACAGACAGAUGUCCAUCGGUGGUGGUCGGAUGGUUUCUCAGCACACGGUGGUGUUGCCGGCCAAGGUGCGCGCCUGCCUGGGGCUGCCCUUUGGUGACCAAACUGAGGCGGCCAAGUGGGAGGGGCUCGGCGAUGACGCCGAUCUGACGACGGCCGUCACAGAGGGAGAGGGAGGAGAUUCCAUGCAGGUGUGUAACGAGCCAUAUGACACGGGAGGAGAUGCUGACCCAUUUAUUGUGUGUGUCUGUGUGUGUGUGCAGGUUGAUGGCGAGAGGGAGAGGGAGAGGGAUGUGGCGAUGCCGCCGAGGGACAGCACCUCGUCGGAGGUUAAGGUGGAGUAUGCCCCGCUGCCCAAAGGUCCGUCCUUAUGUGUGCAGCCCCCCCCCCCUCCUCUCCCCCUCUGUCUGUCUGUCUGAUGUAGGCACAUUUGCCAAGGUUCGAGCACUCGACGCCGCCGUGCAGGACAUACCCGACUUCCGCGUAUGUGCGUCGAUUAGAGAGAACGACAAGAAACUCAUUCUCUCUCUCUCUCUCUCUCUGUGUGUGUGUGUGUGUGUGUGUGUGCGUCAGUCGACUUUGGAGUCGCACCUGCGUCUGCACCACGCGACCCUGACAGUGGGCGAUGUGCUGCGUGUGGGGGCCAUCCCGCUGAAGAUACUCAGCGUGCUGCCCGACGACAACGACGCCCACGCCAUCUCAAUCAUCGACACCGAGGUGCGUGAAGAGCACAUCUGGUGUGGUGUGCCAUUUAUGCGCUCUCGUGUGGUGUGUGUGGUGCAGCUGGCCGUCGAUCUGGACGUUCCCGCGCUGAGUCGACACGAAGUGCCGCCUCUGACACUCGGGAAGGUCCCCGCACCCACACACCCCCAAUCCACCGUCCCUUCAUCGGAGGGUUCAUUAUGUGUGGCUGCAGCCGGAGAGCUUUACCGUGGGCAAAGGCGAGCUGCGACGGUUCCGCUCGCCCAUCCCUCCAGGGGCGCUGACGUCGCUGGAGAAGGGCCUCUCGCAGCUCACAUUCACGCUCGCGACAGAGCCGCCAGGUCGGGCCGGUCGGCCACACACACAGACAUAGAGACUCAGAUGCGUGUGUGGGUGGAUGGCUGUGUGUGUGUUUCAGAUGGUGCUGAUUUGUACUUGUCUGUGCCGCCGGUCACGGAAGCGGCCCCUCACCAGCACCAUUUUGCGGACUUUGCCGCGGGCACAAAGGUACGAUCGGCUGCAGACAGACAGAAAGAAAGACAGAUCGUCAUUGGGCCCCUCUCUCUCUGUGUCUGUCUGUCUGUCUGUCUGUCAGACGCUGUCCAUCUCGUCAGAGGAGAUCAGGGAGGCACUCAACUCACACCAAGUAAGCAGACUCACACACACACACACACACACAGACAGCAUCCCUCCCUCCCUUUCUCCCUCCCUUGCAGUCCCAGGUGCUCUCCUACGCCCCCUUUGGCGCGAUGGAGAGCUCGCCCUCACUCAAUGGUACACAUGGGCACACACACACACCCGCACACACACACACACAUCUGCCUGUGUGUGUGUGGGUGUGUGCAGAGGGCCAGCAGUCGUUGUCUUGGCCGUCCGCCAUCUUUGUGGGCGUGCACGGCUUCAUCGACCACACCACGUGUGACGUCACCGUGGCCAUCGAGGACGUCAAGGCGCGGCAGACGGAGGGCACCGACGACGGCACCAACGCCACCACCAGCGGUGCGGUGUCUGUCUGUCUGUCUGUGUGCAUCAACCCCUCUCUGUCUCUCUCUCUCUGUGUUAUGUUAGGUGUGGAGAGGGAGGUGCUAUGGUCAGGCCGUGUAAGGUGCUCCAACUGCCACAAGCUGGUGCCGGAGGCCUCCCUCGACCUGCAUCUGCUGCACUGCCAGAGGCACUGCCAAGUGUGCCCCAUCUGCCAGGCUGUGCUCAAAAGGUGACAAUCUGGCAUUAACACACACACACACACAGGGAGAGAGAGAGAGGGGAUUGUCUUCGUUCGUUGUGCAGGUCGGAGUUCGCCUCUCAUUGGCACUGCCCAAAGUGUUCCCAGGCGAUGCACGUCGACCAGGCUGCCAAGGUUAGUGAGUGUCAGUCAUCGUGGCCCACCCAUUGGACCCUCUGUGUGUGUGUCUGUGUCUGUGUGUGUCAGCACAUGGAGGUGUGGCACACACUGAUAAAGUGCGAGUGCGGCCAAGAGAUGGAAAGAUCACAACUCACAGUAACCAACCCCCCCCAGCCCCACCCCCACCGACAGCCCCUUUUCAUCUUCGCUCUGUGUAUAUCAUAUCAGGCGCACAAGCGCACAGAGUGUCCUCGGCGUCUGGUGCUUUGUCGGUUCUGCGGCAAUUACUUCCCCGCCGGGGACGGGCGGGGCCUCGACCACCGGGACAGAUUGCGGGGCCUCACCUCACACGAGGCCUACUGCGGGUCCCGCACGGCCGAGUGCCACCUGUGCGGCAAGAACAUACAACUCAAGGUAGGUGGGGUGGCAGGGAGGCGUAGAGAGGGAGAGGGAGAGGGGCGAUGUUUGUGUGUGUGUGUGUGUGUGUUGUGUGUGCAGGAGAUGGACUUACAUAUGCAGGUGGCACACACGCUGGCCGAAGUCGACAGGGACAUGAUGCCGCCAUCUUCGCACCCCGCCCCCGCCCCACCACCAGCAGCAGCACGACCACCCCCACCACCAGCGCCCCGGCCGUCAAAGUGUCGCAACAUGCCGUGUGACGAGCGGCCGGGCGGUGAGAGCGACGGCACUGAGUCCGACGGGCUGUGUCCAAGGUGCCGCGCUUUGCUGGACAGCAUGGAGGCCCGCACGAACCCGCAGCAGCUUGUGAGUCGGUACUUCGUGCAGCUGACCAAGGGGUGCGGCAGCAGGGCCUGCACCAACACUGAGGCAUGCUGCACUGCAUCAGGGUGAGGAAGCGAACGAACGCCACACGUCUGUGAGUCAUGACCAUGUCGAUGUCGGUGUGUGUGUCUGUGUGCCUGUGUGCCUGUGUGUGCGCAGUGGUCCGCCGGUGGAUGCGCCGUCAGCUGCCGUCAAGGUGCUGCAGCUGGCCAGGGCGGCGCCGCAGAUCUACUACGUGUGUCUCUGGUUCUCGUGACUCACUGACUCACUGACGCCCACGAGGGAGGGAGGGACGCAGUGAGUUGUGUAUGGGUGGGCGCUUUAGUGAAGGGAACUUGAAGACUCGUUCGUUCGCUGGCUUAUUGAUCUCGCC